GGGAAUCUUACAAAAGCAGGAGCUAUGUCAGAUGCAGAUUUUGGGGGCGAACCUAUCCCAUUUGCAGAGGUUCAAAGGAUGAAGAACUUCUGCUAUCAAGUGCUUAAUUUGCAUGUACAGGUUUCAGCAAAGAGUAAUACCCGAAGUCCAGGAUCACACUCGGUCUCUCUCAACAGGGACAAAUUGCAUCUUCUGAGCCAGAAACUCUACCAUGUCACCUGGAGUGCCGAGGGGCCACGAUACAUGAUGCUAAUAGAUAGGGAGGGUUGUUAUUUGAUUGAUACACAGUUCUAUUUCAGGAAGGUUCAGUUGCGGUUUCCUUGCAAAUAUAUCUAUCAGGGUAGAGCUGACGUUACUCAUCGCUACAUGUUACUUGAUGGUGAAUUGGUUACUGAGACUGAGCCAGAGACACAAGUGAAGAGGACUAUUUACCUCAUCUAUGACAUGAUAGCAAUUGAUGAAUCCUCUGUUACAGAGCUACCUUUCCACCAUAGGUUAAUGCUAAUUGAAGACGAGGUGAUCCGGCCCCGAAACUUCGAACGUGAAUUCUUAUUCACAUGUGUAAAUCCAUACUACCAAUAUGACCUGGAACCAUUUGAAGUGAGGAGGAAGGAUUUCUAUUUGCUGUCUGCAGCUUCUAAGCUGAUCAAAGAUAUAACGCCAAGUCUUCCACAUUCAACUGAUGGUCUUAUCUUUCAGGCCUGGAAUGCAACUUAUGUGCCUUGUGAACACGAUGGGCGCCUGAAAUGGAAAUAUCCUGGAAUGAGUACUGUUGAUUUUCUCUUUGAGGUGGGAGUUGACGGUAGCAAUUUGCUUUAUCUGCAAGAACAUGGAAACAAGAAACUAAUUGAAGGUUGCAGAGUCAUGUUUAAAGAUGGGUCUGACUUGUCUUUGUACUCGGGUAGGAUAAUAGAGUGUUCCUGGAACGCUCAUGAAAAUGCUUGGAUCUUUGUGCGGAUCCAAACAGAGAAAUCAAACCCAGAUCGUAUUAGUGUCUACGAGGAGGCAAAGCACAUCAUAGAGGGCAAUCUUACAGAGGAUAUCUUGUUAGAUGAGAUUGAUAAAGUAGCAGGUUUACCUAUAUACACUGACUGGGUAAAACGACACAGUGGAUCUUCUUUUAGAAAUGUCUGGAGAAGGCAUUGAGGGAUUUUCUGCUGUUCUUUUCUUUUUCACCAUUGAGGGAUUGAGGUGAGAGGCGGAGGAGGUUUUAGUCUAAUUCAAAAUGACUGCAGGUUUUUUGCAAUCAUCAUUCAGGGGGAUUCUUCUCAUUUACUGAUUUUCCAAGUUCAAAGAGAUAAUUUAGGGCGUAUCUUGGUUAUGAUGGAGGCAAGUGCUGGGCAUAAAAAAUUUCAUUUGCUCAGUCAAUCAGAGCAUCAGAACUCUGGGGAAUGUAAAGACAAUAUAAAACUAGAGGUCUAGGUGAUGUUUGGAAAAUUUUCUUGGAAAGUUGGUGCAAAAUAGUAUCAACUUUUUUUUCCUUUUCCUUUUAAACUUAUCACUCAAAGUGGAGGCUUUUGUGAUUUCAUGUACCUACUGUAAUAUGCAGAAAAAGGAUAUACUGUACGAUGAUUGUCGUAUGUAGAAACCGUGAUCUUGAAAUGAAAUAUACAUGUUUUCUGUUCACGCCA